AUUGUUGGAUAAAAAUAAAAUAAAAAUCAAACAAAUAGAUGCGAAUGUAAUCCGAGCCCAAUCCACAUCAUUUCUGUCUGAACUCUGAAGAGCUUCCAAACCCUAAAACAAUACAACUGCACUCCGCCGUUGUUUUUCAGUCACUCUUCAGAGACCAAAACGUCGCUGGAAAUUGCGUUGUAUUUUCCUUCCUCUCACCGCGAUUUAAGGCUGCGAUAACCUCCCCUGCAAAACGUAACACAGCACACCAUCGAGAUUCUCAAUCACCGACGCAACCAUGGCGGAUGUUAUGGUAAUGAAAGAGCUUGAAGACAAAGCCUCGCAUCUCGGAAUCGAUCUAUCCACCAUAGAUCUUGAUUCCAUUCACCUCCCACCUGGUAACGACUGUGGAAUCAUCAGUGAUGAUGAGGAUGUUCUUCGAGAGGAAAAUUCUGGUUCGUUUGAUACUGGUUUUGGGAACAUUAUAGUAGUGGACAAUCUUCCCGUUGUUCCGAAGGAAAAGUUUGAAAAGCUUGAAGGCGUUGUUCGCAAAAUUUACAGUCAGAUUGGUGUUAUCAAGGAUGGUGGUCUCUGGAUGCCUGUUGAUCCUGCCACCGGAAAGUCGUUAGGCUACUGCUUUAUUGAGUACAAUACUCCUCAGGAAGCUGAGCUUGCUAAAGAGAAGACUCAUGGAUACAAAUUGGAUCGUUCUCACAUAUUUGCUGUGAGUAUGUUUGAUGAUUUUGAUCGGUUCAUGAAUGUGCCUGAUGAAUGGGCUCCUCCACCGAUCAAGGAAUAUACUCCAGGGGAAAAUCUCCAACAAUGGCUUACCGAUGCUAAGGGCCGAGACCAGUUUGUGAUGCGUGCUGCUAGUGAUACCGAGGUUUUCUGGAAUGAUGCUAGACAUUUAAAACCCGAUCCUGUCUACAAACGUGCAUACUGGACUGAGAGUUUCGUACAAUGGUCACCUCUGGGCACAUAUUUGGCAACAGUUCACCGGCAGGGUGCAGCAGUCUGGGGAGGUGCUACAACCUUCAAUCGUCUCAUGCGUUACGCUCAUCCUCAGGUAAAGCUUAUUGACUUUUCACCUGGUGAGAAGUAUUUGGUAACUUAUAGCAGCCAUGAACCAAGCAACCCUCGAGAUGCUAAUAGGGUUGUUAUAAAUAUAUUUGAUGUGAGGACUGGUAAAGUGAUGAGAGACUUUAAAGGAAGUGCUGAUGAUUUUGCUGUUGGAGGUACCGGGGGUGUCACGGGAGUGUCAUGGCCUGUAUUCAAAUGGAGUGGCGGAAGGGAUGACAAGUACUUUGCAAGGAUGGGGAAAAAUGUACUUUCUGUAUAUGAUACGGAAUCAUUUUCUCUUGUUGACAAAAAAUCCAUAAAGGUUGAAAAUAUAAUGGAUUUCAGCUGGUCACCAACUGAUCCAAUCAUUUCACUGUUUGUUCCUGAGACAGGAGGUGGUAACCAGCCAGCUAGGGUAAGUCUUGUUCAAAUCCCCAGCAAAGAAGAACUCAGGCAAAAGAACCUUUUUAGUGUCAGUGACUGCAAGAUGUACUGGCAGAGCAAUGGGGAUUACCUUGCUGUUAAUGUAGAUCGAUAUACCAAAACAAAGAAAAGCACUUACACAGGCUUUGAGCUUUUCCGUAUAAAGGAACGUGACAUACCCAUUGAAGUUCUGGAGCUUGAGAAUAAGAAUGAUAAGAUCAUUGCAUUUGCUUGGGAGCCAAAGGGACAUAGGUUUGCUGUUAUUCACGGUGAUAUGCCUAAGCCUGAUAUUAGUAUCUACUCUAUGCGCACUGCUCAGAACACUGGCCGAGUUUCAAAGCUCACUACUCUGAAAGGCAAGCAGGCAAAUGCUUUGUUCUGGUCACCUGCAGGUCGCUUCAUUGUACUAGCAGGGUUGAAAGGAAUGAACGGAUUGUUGGAAUUUUACAAUGUUGAUGAUCUAGAAACCAUGGCCAAUACUGAACAUUUUUAUGCAACUGAUGUUGAAUGGGAUCCAACCGGAAGGUAUGUUGCAACUGCUGUGACUCAUCAUGAUAUGGAAAAUGGAUUCAAUAUAUGGUCUUUCAAUGGCAAACAUCUGUAUCGGAUAUUGAAGGAUAGCUUAUAUCAGUUCUUAUGGAGACCAAGACCAGCAUCUUUCCUGACUGCUGAGAAAGAGGAAGAGAUAGCAAAGAACUUGAAGAGGUAUAGUAAGAAAUAUGAAGCAGAAGAUCAAGAUGUUUCAUUGCUGUUGAGUGAGCAGGAGCAAGAGAAGCGCAGGAUCUUGAAAGAAGAUUGGGAGAAAUGGGUUAAUCAAUGGAAGCAGUUGUAUGAAGAAGAGAAGGCAAAGAGGCAAGAGCUGAGGGACGGAGAAGCUAGUGACGAGGAAGAAGAAUAUGAAGCAAAGGACAUUGAAGUCGAGGAAGUAGUCGAUGUUUCCAAAGAGAUCCUUCACUUUGAGUAUGGUCAAGAGUGAGGUAGUGGAGUAUGUAACUGGGCUUGAGUUGGUGGCAUUGAACCAUUUUAUUCAUUUUUCUAUGGAGGUUUCAUAGCUAGUUGGGCUGUAGUGUCUCUUUGUGUUCAUCUUUGUAGACCCAAUUUUGUAGUUUGUUACUCUUUUUAGAAAGCAAGUCCCUUUUUUCUCAUAAAAUUGAACAUGGAAGACAAUUUUUGUAGUCCCCUUUCAGACACAAGUCUGUUAACUCAUCAUACUUCCCAUC